UUACGGAACCGGAAGAGGCUUGUAACUCUUUUCCCUUUUGGGGCCAUCGCUGGAGGAGUAGCGGCCAAAAUGAAGUUCAAUCCCUUCGUGACUUCGGACCGGAGCAAAAACCGGAAGAGGCAUUUCAAUGCGCCCUCCCACGUCCGCAGGAAGAUUAUGUCUUCCCCGCUUUCCAAGGAACUGCGGCAGAAAUACAACGUUCGGUCCAUGCCGAUCCGCAAGGAUGAUGAAGUUCAGGUUGUGCGAGGACACUACAAAGGUCAGCAGAUUGGCAAAGUGGUCCAGGUGUACCGCAAGAAAUACGUCAUCUACAUUGAGCGGGUGCAACGAGAUAAAGCUAACGGCACCACUGUGCAUGUGGGCAUUCACCCCAGCAAGGUGGUCAUUACGAGGUUAAAACUGGACAAAGACCGCAAAAAGAUCCUGGAGCGGAAAGCCAAAUCUCGCCAAGUCGGAAAGGAAAAGGGCAAAUACAAGGAGGAAUCACUGGAGAAGAUGCAGGAGUAAAAUACCUUGUCACAGCGUCCAUUAAAACCAGCACGUUUGAGAA